CGGGAACGGAGUGUCUGGCCGCAGAAGAUCAUUGCUGGAGUGGAAAACUCCCCACCACUUGGAGAUGGAUUAUCCUACAGGAGAAGAAGGUCUUCCUGACAUUUCUGACUAUGACUAUUUAAACUCCACAGAGGAACCUUUCAGCAUGGAGGAGAGCAGCCUGAGUCCCAUCGUCUUGGUGGCCAUUGUGCUCUACGCCCUGGUGUUUCUAGUGGGCACACUGGGCAACGGGGCCGUCAUCUGGGUGGUGGGAUUCCAGAUGCAGCGUACAGUGAGCUCCGUCUGGUUCCUCAACCUCUCGGUGGCAGACCUCCUCUGCUGCCUGUCUCUGCCUGUUCUGGCUGUGUCCCUUGGCUCCGAGAAUCAUUGGGUGCUGGGGGAUUUUGCCUGCAAACUCUUGCCGUCUAUCGUCAUCCUCAACAUGUUUGCCAGCAUUCUGCUGCUGGCCCUGAUAAGCAUGGAUCGGUGCGCCCUUGUGCUGAAGCCCAUCUGGUGCCAGAAUCACCGUUCAACCCGCUUAGCCUGGAAACUGUGUGGCGCGGCCUGGGGCUUUGCCACCUUCCUCACUCUGCCCUCCUUUGUGACCAGAAGAACGCGAUACUACGAAUAUCACCACCUCACGCUCUGCGUGGUCGAUUAUGGCCUCUUUGGUGUAAAUCACCAGACUGCUGAGGUCUCUGUGGCAGCCACACGUUUCCUGACUGGCUUCCUGGUCCCUUCGGUAGCCCUCAGCCUCUUCUACGGGCUGCUGGCUCUGCGUGUGCACAGCAGCCGCUUCAUGCGCUCCAAGAGGACCCUGAAAAUGGUCCUGGUGGUGGUGGUGGCCUUCUUUGCCUGCUGGGCUCCUUAUCAUGUGAUUGGCCUGAUCCUCGCCAGUCAGACUCAGAGCAGCCCCCUCUUCCAGUCCCUGAACCAGCUGGACCCUCUGACGGUGGCUCUCGCCAGCACCAACAGCUGCAUCAACCCCGUCAUCUAUGUCAUUGCGGGCCAAAACUUCAAGGCUAGAAUCUGUCGCUCGCUGAGUGCUGUGUUGCGCAACGUCCUGAAUGAGGAAGUGUCAAGAACCCCUUCCCAGGCCAGAGAAGCCGCUCAGGGGCCCUGCACCACCACGGAGGAUCAGAGCACUAACACAACCGUGUAAACCCUUCCCGAGCAAGGGCGCCAUGCAGCUGCUGCUCCCUUCUGGCUGGAAACAUAUUUACAGCAGCUCCCUCUGGCCAAUCUGCACUAGUUCUGCUAUGCAGUGGGACCCCUAAGACCCAGUGAUUGUCGCUGAUUCUCCUGACCACCGCUUCCCCCUUAUUCAGUGGUAAAAAGCAAAGAAGUGGACAGAAAUCUACCUAAACUUUCAUCUGCUGCUUCAGUAUGUUUGUCUGUGUGCGAAUAUAAAAAUUAGGAAAUAUU